UGUAAAGAUACCUUAAUAACUCAGUGUUGCAACCUAAUUCUAAUCAUGCAUUGAUGAUCCAACCACCUCAAUUUACUACCCUCCAACAACACACACUUCACUAAUAGGACUACCUCCCUUUUCUCUCUCAUCUAUCUCUCCAAGUUUCACUUCCUUUGCUUCUUUCCAAUUAACAAAACAAGUUUCUCGCCAUUGAGAAUGGCAAAUUUUCCAGCAAAAUGGUGGUUCCUUGUUGUUGUCUUGAGCUGUGUAGGAACCACCAUUGUCAGCUGCACCGACAGCUUCCCACCCACACACAAAACAUACAUAAUAUACAUGGACAAAUGGGCAAAGCCGCAAGAGUUCAACGACCACAAUCAAUGGUAUUCCUCACUGAUCAAAUCCGUAACAUCAGCAGCAAUCAACCCACAAGGCGAAGAAGCCGGAGAUGACGACAGGAUCAUCUACACCUACGGGACCGCAUUCCACGGCGUGGCCGCCCGGCUAAGCGGCGAGGAGGUGGAGAGGGUGCAACAGCAGGACGGCGUGAUGGCGGUGUUCCCGGACACCAUGUACCAACUCCACACCACCAGAAGCCCUCUCUUCCUCGGCCUCGAGCGCCAAGACAGCACCAGCACACUAUCCUACAACCCGUUCGACUACGACGUGGUGGUGGGGGUUCUGGACACGGGCGUCUGGCCGGAGAGCCCCAGCUUCAACGACACCGGCAUGACGCCCGUGCCCGCCCGCUGGAGAGGCGCCUGCGAAGUCGGCCGCGGCUUCACCAGGCGCCACUGCAACAAGAAGAUCGUGGGAGCCAGAGUGUUCUACAGGGGAUACGAGGCCGCCUCGGGCAAGAUCAACGAGCAGGUGGAAUACAAGUCCCCGAGGGACCAAGACGGCCACGGCACCCACACUGCCGCGACCGUCGCAGGCGCCCCUGUCCGCGGCGCCAAUCUCAUGGGCUAUGCCUACGGCACCGCGCGUGGGAUGGCGCCAGGGGCGAGGAUCGCCGCCUACAAGGUCUGCUGGACCGGCGGCUGCUUCAGCUCCGACAUCCUCUCCGCCGUCGACCGAGCCGUCGCCGACGGCGUCAACGUCCUCUCAAUCUCUUUAGGCGGCGGAAUCUCGUCCUACUUCCGUGACAGCCUCUCCGUCGGUGCUUUCGGCGCGAUGGAGAAGGGCGUUUUCGUGUCGUGCUCAGCCGGAAACGGCGGCCCUGACCCCAUCAGCCUCACGAACGUCUCUCCCUGGGUGGCCACCGUCGGCGCUAGUACGAUGGACAGAGAUUUUCCGGCGACAAUUAAGCUCGGAACAGGGCAGUAUCUCACCGGAGCUUCACUCUACAAAGGCCGCCGUAAUCUCUCCCCAAACAAACAGUAUCCGUUGGUCUACCACGGCAGCAACUCGACGAACCUAACACCGAGCUCAAUGUGCUUGGAAGGUACUCUCGACCGCCACUCCGUCGCCGGAAAAAUCGUAAUCUGCGACAGAGGAAUCAGCCCAAGAGUAGAAAAGGGGCAGGUGGUGAAAGACGCCGGCGGAGUAGGCAUGAUCCUGACCAACACCGCCGCAAAUGGAGAGGAGCUAGUCGCCGACUGCCACCUCCUCCCGGCCGUGGCAGUAGGCGAGUCAACAGGUAAGGUCGUAAAACAGCACUACGCCACCCACCGUGGCGCCACCGCAACACUCUCAUUUCAGGGAACAAAGCUCAAAAUCAAACCAUCACCAGUAGUGGCAGCAUUCUCAUCAAGAGGCCCCAACAUCCUCUCCCUAGAGAUACUAAAGCCCGACGUGGUCGCGCCUGGAGUCAACAUCCUGGCAGCCUGGACCGGCGCAUUGGGCCCGUCCAGCCUGCCCACAGACCCCCGGAGAACGAAAUUCAACAUACUCUCCGGCACAUCAAUGUCUUGCCCUCAUGUCAGCGGCGUGGCAGCCUUGAUCAAAUCCAAACACCCAAAUUGGAGCCCCGCGGCAAUCAAGUCCGCCUUGAUGACGACAGCUUACAUCCACGACAACAUGCAGAAGCCUCUCAAAGACGCCUCCUCCGCCACUCCCUCCACCCCUUACGACCACGGCGCCGGCCACAUAAACCCGCUCAAGGCCCUCGACCCCGGCCUCGUCUACGACAUCGGAGCGCAGGACUAUUUCGAGUUCCUAUGCGCGCAAGGGCUGACCACGUCGGAGCUGCUGGUGUUCUCCAAAUUCGCCAACAGAAAAUGCCGCCACAGCCUCCGGAACGGCGGCGAUCUCAACUAUCCGGCGAUCUCGGCGGUUUUCCCGGAGAGCACGAACGUGACGGCGGUGACGCUCCACAGGACCGUGACGAAUGUGGGCCCUGCGGUGUCGAGCUACCGCGCGGUGGUGUCGGCGUUCAGAGGCGCGUCGGUGAGGGUUGAGCCGGGGAGGCUGGAGUUCAGCAGCUCGGUGAAGAAGAUAACGUACAAGGUGACGUUCGUGAGCAAGUCGAGGCAGUCGACUCCGGAGUUCGGAGCUAUUAUAUGGAAGAAUGCGGUGCAUAAAGUUAGAAGCCCGGUGGUGAUCACGUGGCUGCCGCCGUUGUGAUCAGAUCAGCCAAGCAUGGAUUUAGCAAUAAGGAGACUUUAAUUUGUUCAAAUCCAAUCCCCAUGUUUUACUCCUUUUUUUAAUUGAAUUUAUCAAAUUUAUGCAAGAUUUUAUCA